AUGACGGGUCACCCUCUCCGAGCCAUCGCCGUCCUCGCCGCCUGCUGCACGCGGCUCCGCCGUCUCGCCGAGACCGACCUCUGGCCCCUCUAUUGUCACACCCGCGCGCAAGAUCUCGUCCGAGAUAUUAACGCGCAGCAGGAGGAGGCGAAACGGCGGCGAAACGGCGGCGGGGACAGCGGCGAGUCGACUCGCCCGAUGAGCCUUUCCAACCGAAAACUCCUCGGGUUACCAGCCGCCGCUCUUUCGCCGAAGCUUCUCAGCUACUCGCCCGGUAUUCUCGAGGUGCCGUUCAGCCUGCUGAACCCGCGAAUUAAGGAUCUCCUGGAAAAAGUCGGCCAAUGGUGGUCCGACGGAUACUUUGACGGAGACGACGCGAGCCGCUGUUCCGAGAUUUUCAUGCAUGAUCACCGGAGAAGGAGCGCGUGGCGCAUGUGUAAGCGCGCCGCGUCGCGCGUUGCGUGGGUGCCUGUGAUCGCCGUGCUCGUGCCGAUCGUCGUGGGGUAUUUCGCAUGCGUCUUCGUGAAGCGGACAGCGCGGACCGCGCGACGUGUGGCUGUAAGGGGAGGGAGGAGGCUGGCGAGGAGGGUUUGGGAGACGACGAUGGGGAGGGUGGGAGGGAGGACGAUCUUGAGAAUUGGAGAGAGAGUGGGGUGGUGGAGGGAGGAUGAGGCGGGGGAAGGAGGGCAAGGGAUUGACAUUGAGGCAAAUUUGAGCGGCCCGGGAGACGCGGAUUGGGAUGGGAAUGUGCGAGGAAACGGGAAUGCCGCAGAUGAUUUUGUGGAGCGUUAUGGGCGCAUCUCGAGACGCCGUGAGGGGCAUCAGCAGCAGGAGCAGCAGGAGACUCAUGAGACGCAGGAGCAGCAGGAGCAGCAGGAGCAGGAGAAGGAGAUCCAGGAGGAGGAGGAGGAGGAGGAGGAGGAGGAGGAGGAGGAGGAGGAGGAGGAGGAGGAGGAGGAGGAGGAGGAGGAGGAGGAGGAGGAGGGGUCGAGUGAGGGGGAGGGGGAGGAGGGAGAGGGGGAGGCAGGGGCGUCGUUUGCUGUGAUGGAGCCAUCGUUGAACAUGUGGGACAUCUCUGUCUGCCGAGGCUUCAUCGAUGCGUUCCAGCGCACCGAGUAUGUUGAGCAUGUUCAGUUCUUGAGAGUUGCUCUGCUCACCAAGGCCGGUGCCUCUUGGCCUCGUUGCCUUCCCCCUGUCAUGCGCGGCUGUUUCGAACCGGCUUUCUCCAUCAUUCCUUUUCAGAAUCUUUGA